AUGCGCCGUCAUGCCCUGAAGGCCCCUCCGGGCAGGCAGCACUCCGAUGGGACAGAGGCUCCGGGCACCGCUCGGUAUGGCAGAGGCGGGCGAGGGCAGCAAGCUGAUGCAGGGAGGUGCCGCAUCCGGCCUCUGCUGCGCGGCUGCUGUGGGCGCAGCGUGGCUGUCUGCUGUGAUCAGAUGGAGAACAGAGAGAAACAGUUGGAUGUCACUCUUAACUGUGCAGAUUAUCUGGAAGGCAAGAGCAAUGACAUUUCUCCAAAGCGGGAGAGCUGGCACCAUAUGAAUGCCACCCCCAGAUCCUUGAAGCACCAGUUUGUAUAUCGCCAACUGAGAGAGCAGAAAAAUGCACUGCAAGAGGAAAUCAGGAUAUUCUGGAAGAAAUGCAAACGCCUGCAAAUGGAGAUCCAGACUUUCCGAGAAGACAACAAAACCAAGGCUCUGUGGGAGGAGAUCCAUGCCUUCAAGAAGAAGAACAAGGGCUUCAUGGAUGAGAUCAAGAACUUCUUAGAGGAGAGCAAGGUUUUCAUGGCUGAGAUCAAGGCCUUCCAGACCAAAAAGAAGGAAAUUCAGGACCAGGUGAAGACCUUUCAGGAGAAGAUUGAGACACUCCAGCAGAGGAUCAAGACAACAGAAGAGGAGAUUGUUACCUUGGAGGAAAGGAACGAAUCGUUCCGAGAUGCUGUCAAAGCCUUCCAGAUUAAGAACAAGGAGUUCCAGGAAGCCAACAAAGGCAUGCGUGAGAAAAACAAAGCCCUCCAGGAGAAGAUAGAAGCCAUUGAAGAGAAGAACAAUGCCUUCUGGAAGGAAUGCAAGGCAUUUUGGAAGAAGGACAAAACCUUCUGGGAAGAGGACAUGGCCAUCUCCAAAGACAAAAUGGCCCUCUGGGAUGAGUAUAUAGCUUUGAGGGAUAAUGACCAAGACCUCCAGGAAGAAAAAGCGGUCAUCUGGGACAUGGUGGAAGCUCUCUGGGAUAUGAAGUACUCCAUAUGGAAAGAGGUAAAUGGGUUUCCGGAAGAACCGCAACCUGAGUUGGAGGUGGAAGUUCUCGACAAUGGUGCCGAUGGAGACCUGGCGAAAUAA